UCACAAUUAAUUAAUUAAUUACCACAUCAAUAACCAAGAUGUUUCGCGCCGUAGCUGCUUCUUCUUCUCGCAAAUUACUAUUCGGCAACGGCCGUCGUUUCUCAUCCGCCGCCGCAGCUCACAGCAUGCUCGUCAAUGCCUUGGAUUCCAAAAUCAAACACAUUACUCAAAUGAGGCCAGAGGCCCCAGCCGAGUUCCCUUUCAAAAUAGAACACAAUUUCGGCGGCUACGUCAGCAUGACGAGGGAGCUCGCCGGAGAGGAAAUCGAGGUCAGGCUGGUUGACGAAAAACACAAGGAUAAGAGUGUUUCUGAUUCCUCUUCCGUGGAUUUGAAAAUUGAAAUCUACAAAGCAGAUGGAAAAUCUAUGAAUUUUGCGGCGACUGCUUCUGCUGAUGAAAUUGUGAUUCAGAAAUUGACUACCAAGGAUGGUGAUAAUAAUGUCGUCUGCUCUCAGCUCUGCAUCGAGCCGGAGAGUGAGUUGCAGAAGGCGUUGGGAGAGUUUCUCCACGCAAGAGGGAUUGAGAAAUCGAUUGGUGGAUUUUUGUACGAUUAUACGAUGUGGAAUUCGCAAAAAUCUGACCAACUUGACGUGGAACAAUUGGUGAAGCUCAAGAAUGUUGUUACCAAUUGGUGACUUCUAGACGCUAGUGAUUUAAUCAGCUUGGAUUUGUUUCAUUUGCUUUUUGUUUGAAUAUUUUUGUUGAAGAAUUCAUGUCUUUCUAUUUUCUUCAAUGAAGUCUAAAAAUUGUGUCCUUUUCAUUUAA